AUGAGAGACGAGCUUCUAGAGGAGCAAUAUGGAUUUAUAUCUCACCAUGAAAGCAGAAGAAGAGAGGGAUGGGUCCUGAACUACAUCACUACUGUAUUCAAAGACGGGAGAAUGGAAGCAAAGCUUUAUCUGAUUGAUGACAAGAGAGCCGAAUUUCUUGUGAAGAUUCCAUAUUUUCCAUCUCUUCUCCUUAAAGCUUCGGAUUAUGAUUCUGUUGAAGAAUAUCUCAGGAGAAAAUAUGCAGCAGAGAUUUACAGCAUGGAGAGAGUGCAUAGAAUUGACUUUAACGAAUACAAUCAUCUGAACAAAGACCCAGGAGUGUUUCUAGAGGUUAGAUUCAGGACCGAGUCUGGGUUUUCAACAGCUGUGAAGGACUUCAAGAAGAUAGUGGCAAGGAACAAAGUGCAGAAGAAUAAUGAAUAUGAUUGCUUUGGAAAGGAUCGAACACUCUGCGCAGAGGAACUUAUGGAGGGAAUCUUCGAGUAUGAUAUUCCUGUAGAGGUUUGCACGGCCAACAACCUGAAGAUCAGAUGUGGAAAGUGGUAUACUUUCUACUAUACCGGAGAGACAUAUGUUAUAGAGAAGAGCGAAAGAGUCGUGUUUCCAGAUCUUCGGAUACUUGCAUUUGAUAUCGAGACAUUCAAAAAGCCGCUGAAAUUUCCUAAUCCAGACUAUGAUGAGGUGAUGAUGAUAUCUGUUAAAACAGAAUGCAGGGGAGAAUUGAUUGUGAACCGGAGGCUGGUUUCUAAAGACAUCAGGAAGUUUGAGUACAAUCCAAGAGAAGACAUGGAGUGUGUGUUUGAUGUGUCGAACGAGGGAGACGAAGAAGGGGUGCUGAUUAGAUUUGUUGAGUUGAUUCAAAAACACAAACCACACUUGAUAACAACGUUUAAUGGAGCAUUAUUUGACUUUCCGUUCCUGGAGAAAAGGAUGAAGAACUAUGGAAUAAGCCUGAGGGAGACAACUGGAUUUACUCUGAAGGAUGAAUACUACAUUUCACCGUUUAUUGUGCAUCUUGAUUGCUACAAAUGGGUUAAAAGAGACUCGUAUCUUCCGGCAGGGAGCCAGGGUCUCAAGGAGGUCACUAAAGUGAAACUAGGAUACUUCCCUGACGAGAUUGAUCCUGAAGACAUGGUUAGGCUUGCAAUGUCCGACCCCGACAAAAUGGCAUCUUAUUCUGUUUCGGAUUCGGUUGCAACAUACUUUCUUUACACCAAAUAUGUCCAGCCUCAUGUUUUUUCCCUAUGCUCUCUUGUUCCUCUCUCUCCGACCUCGGCACUUUGCCAGGGGUCUGGAACACUGUGUGAAGCUCUGCUUGUCUCUGAAGCCAUUGAAUACGGGGUGCUUAUCCCAGAAAGGAGGAGAGAAAGCAAAACCCGAGAGCACAACGGACACAUAGCAGAAAGCAUCACAUAUGUUGGAGGAUAUGUCGAGUGUCUCCGGUCCGGGAUUUUUCGGUCUGACCUGGAGCAUGAAUUUAACAUCUCUAAAGAAUUCAUUGGAGAAGUGGUUUCAAGCCUUGACGAAAUUCUCUAUGAGUACAAGGAAGAAGGAGGUUUUGAAGAGAUGAAAGCACAGAUUCUUGCCAAUCUUCAGGAGAACAAGGGAAGACUUCGAAAGGAGGGGCUUAUAUAUCAUCUGGAUGUUGGAGCAAUGUAUCCAAACAUCAUACUUACCAACAAACUGCAGCCUGUGUCAAUUGUUAACGAAGAGAUCUGCAUAAGAUGUGACUUUUCGGAUGAGUCGAACAAUUGUAAGAAAAGAAUGGAAUGGAGCCUUAAGGUCGAGUACAUUCCGGCUGGUAAGAGGGAAACCGAGAUGAUUAGGAGGCAGGUAGAGAAGGAAAAGAACUUUGAAGGAAAUGAGGAAGAAGAGGUGAAGAAGAGGGUCAGAAGGUAUUCGAAGAGUAUGUACGGAAAGAAAAGGGAAAAGAAGAUUUGUACUAGAAGUUCGACAGUUUGUCAGAGGGAGAUUCCAUUCUAUGUGGAAACAGUUAGAAAAUUCAGGGACCAAAGAUAUGUGUAUAAGAGGCUGCAAGCCCAGGCACAAAAGGCUGCUGAGGAAGCCACAACCGAUGAGGAAAGAAAGUAUGCGAUGAAGUCUGUUGUUGUGUACUCCUCGCUCCAAGUGGCACACAAAUGUGUUCUAAACUCGUUCUAUGGAUAUGUGAUGAGAAAAAGCUCACGGUGGUACAGCAUGGAGAUGGCGGCGAUAGUUUGCAAUGUAGGAGGGAACAUUAUUAAGAAGGCCCGAGAGAUUGUGGAGAAGAUAGGGAUUUCCUUGGAACUGGAUACCGACGGAAUAUGGUGCAUAGUUCCAUCUUCAUUGGUAUCUUCAUAUGUACUCCCGUCGGGGAAGAAGUUUUCUCUCUUGUCAGGCCUCCUCAACCACUUUGUAUGUAAGAAAUUUACAAACAACCAAUACCAGGAGAAGAUUGAUGGGGAGUAUGCCACAAGAAGUGAGAAUUCGAUAUUCUUUGAGAUUGAUGGGCCGUACAGGGCAAUGCUUCUUCCUACGUCGACCGAGGAAAGCAAAUUGCUGAAGAAGAGAUAUGCAAUAAUCGAUGACAACAACAAGAUUGCCGAAUUGAAAGGAUUUGAGAUGAAAAGGAGAGGAGAGCUCCAGAUUACUAAGAAGUUCCAGGAGGAGCUUUUUCUACACUUCCUUGAUGGGAGUAACUUAAACGAAUGCUAUGAGUCGCUGGCCGAGGUGUGCAGAUACUGGCUAGACAUACUAAAGAGCAAGGGAGAAUAUCUUGAUGACGAUACGAUUCUUGAGUUACUGUCUGAGAGCAGAAGUAUGUCUAAGGGAUUUGGGGAAUACAGAGGAAGAAAGUCGAACCUCACUGUUACGGCGGUUAGGAUGUCUGAAGUCCUGGGAGAAGGAAUUCUUGAAGAGAAAUUGAAGUGCGAGUAUAUUGUUGCGGCAUACCCAGAGAAUAAAUCGGUGGCAGAGAGGGCUAUACCAGUGGUGGUUUUCCGGUCUGAGCAAAAGGAAGAGUUUCUCAGGAAAUGGCUGGAAAGAGACUAUUCUGGAGACAUUAGAGCCGUUAUUGACUGGGAAUAUUAUAGAGUAAGAUUGGAGUGUGUGAUUCAGAGGAUGGUUAUACUGCCUGCUCUAUCGCAAGGAAUCAAGAAUCCUUUGAGCGAGGUGGGGAUUCCAGAAUGGGCCAAGGCCAAGACCCAGCUUAGGGGUUUUGAUCUAAGAAACGUAGAUGACAUUGAGGAUGCCUUCUGCAAAGCAAGACUAAGCAAGGACACAGAAGCCGGGCGUGAAAAGUGCAAGGAAGAUUUUGAAGAAGACAAAGAGAAUUGCAAAGAUGAUGAAAAGAAAAUGAGGGACCUGAUGGAAACUGAUGUUAGGGAGUAUAUUCUUAAGAACAGGAUCGCGUGGAUUGAAAGAAUAAAAAGGAUUAUUGACGUAGGCGACAUCAUUAAGAUGGUUUGUAGCAAUGAUGGAUAUAUGGAUGUAUAUCGCAUGGGACGGAGUGAUUCUGUGGAAAGAAUUCCUUUAGAGAGGAGAAUCUAUAUGCAAGUCAAUGACUGGAGAUACUUUGACAAGUCUGGAGAUAUCGAGAGAGUGGCCGUGUACUUUCCUGAGAAUUCCGAGACAACUGAAGUGGGGACUAUUAGUAUAAAAGAACAUGAGUUUGUGAAAGACUAUUCAUUGUACAGGAAGUUUCUCAGUCACUUUUCGAUAAGAAGAGUUUUUGAAGACAAGAUUCCGAUUCUGUACAGUAAUUUGAAAGAAUGCGAAGGACAUGAUGUCGAGUUUGUAACAGUGGGCAGCUUUAUUUUCCUUGGAAAACCUGUUUACACAGUGGGAGAAGAAGAAUUCCUUGUAUUUUCUGGGAAGGAAGGGCUCUAUGACCUUGGAAGAUAUCUUCUUAGAAACUUCGGAAAGUGGAGGAUUGGAGUUAUCGGAUCCAGCGACCCAUGCAAGACCGAACUCCGGAAGAUACUGUGCAAAUAUCACAUUCUUGAAAUACAAGUUAGGAGGAAUCUGUCUUUGAAGGAAUAUUCUGUAAUGUGCAAUGAACAGAAAGAGUUCCACAAGCAGAUGGCCAGGGAAGUGGAGCUGGUGUGCAAGCUGAGCAAGUAUAGCCGAAUUCCCAUUUUCAAUGUAAACGAAAAUGUAAUGGAUGUUCUAUUUUAUAGGGAGUUAAAGAAAAACAGAGUUGUAUGCGGAAGACAAGAAUGUGAAAUGAGCUACUCCCCGCGUCUGAGGGCAGAGAGUUUCCGGCCUGGCCUCUACAAGAAAUACGUGGUUGAGAUAGAGUGUAUUGGAACAUUGGUGCUUUCUAUUAUUGAAUACGAGGCAUUUCUGGGGAAAGACACCUUAUUUAAAGGUGUGGAAAGGAAAGACUUCCAUAUCCUCAGAAGUCUUCUGAAGCGGAUAGUCCUGGACUCGAUCAAAGGAGAAGAUGGAGCUAAGCUUUUACUAAGAAAUAUUGGAAGAUGGAUAAGGAGUGAUUCGGCCAUAAUUUGCUCGGAGUUGAGGAGCAUUUGCUGCAUGCUGCAGAAAAGAUACAUGAUGCAUCUGGCCAAAAAGCUGAGAGAUGAAAAGUACGAUGUGAUUUGUGUGGCGGGAGAUGUGGUUUUGAUCGACACAGGGAAGACAAGCGAGGAAUCGGCAUUGGACUUUUUUCAGUAUAUCUGCAAGAAGGGGCUGGAGCUCUGUGGAUACGAGAUGAUGAAGAUGAAGGCUAUUAGAAUAUUCCAAAGCCUUGCAUUUGUAGACCCAAGCACCUACUUCUUUCUUGACAGGGGAGAAUACUUCUGUUUCAGUGAGAGUAAGGUUCCUACAGCAUUUCUUCAGGCCUAUUUUAAUGAAGAGAAGGUGGAUUCGGAGUUUGUGUACAGCCUUGUAACCAAAAUUCCUCUUGAGAGCUCCAAGAUGGUUUUGAAACUCCUCUCGUUCAGACAGGACUCGCAAGCCCUUCUGUCUAACUGUUAUAAACUCUUACAUUUGAGUGAGUUUGCAGAGAAGGAAAGAAAAGAGAUAUAUCUUGACAUUGUGUGUCCUUCGUGUGGAAUGGAAAGUGCUUUGAGAGCCAGAUGUAUCAAGUGCUACAAUGCAUAUCCAAAAAGCGCUGUGUUAGAAGUGUGUAUGGCUUAUGCCAAGCAUCUUCUUUGGUUGGAACUUUCAAGGGAUCUAUCCUGCACCAUCUGUGGGAAAUCUAAUGAAGCAAGGCUGUCUAGUUUUUGUAAAUGCGGUGGUGCGUUCCAAAAGACAAGUUAUGGAAAUGAGUUGGAGAGCCUAAGGGAAAUAGCUGGUAGCCCGAUUUUUGACGGUUUCUACAGGAGAAUCUCAAAGCAUUUCCUGAAAUGA